AUGCGCCCCCAUACGCUUUGUACGCCACUUCGAGCCAACUGGCAAGUGGCUGGUCACCUCACCAAUACUCUAUGGUGGCCUGCUCGCGAAGAAACAACGACCGUCCUUCUGUUCAUUCCUGGCAAUCCGGGUCUCAUUGAAUACUAUGCUGAAUUCCUCGAACGCAUUCAUGAGCAAGCUUCGCCCAAUCUUGAAAUCUUUGCAGUGUCUCACUUGGGCGUAUCCACGGGUGAUGAUCCAAACGCGCUCUAUUCGUUCCAAGACCAGAUUGACCACAAGAUCGAGUGCUUCGAUAUAUUGAAGAAGCGUUAUUCAGCUGAUGAUACCAAAUUUGUGCUGAUGGGGCACUCGAUCGGCGCUUACCUUGCAGUGGAAGUGUUCAAGCAACGGCAUGCAUUUAACAUUGAUCGUUUGAUUGCCCUCUUUCCAUGCUUGUAUGACAUUGCUCUCACACCCAAUGGGAUGCAUUUCACGCGCCUAUUUAACAAGCUACCCAUCGGUGUCGUCUCUACUAUGGCAAGCGCCCUCUCGUACAUCUCACCGCCUAUUCUUGAACGCUUGAUUCGCCUCUUGACAGGACAACAAGGUCACUCUGUCAAAGUGACAGCUUCAUUGUUGAAUGGUCCUUUUGUACGAUCCGUGCUAAGAAUGGCUCAACAAGAAAUGGAAAAUGUGCAACAACUCGACCACGACUUUUACACUACGCAUCUCGACAAGUUCAUCAUCUACUAUUCUGAAAACGACCAGUGGGCACCCAUUGAACAAUACAAGUACAUGAAACAAUCCUAUCCUGAACAUGAGCAUCUUUAUUUGUGUGAGGAAAGAUUGCCGCACAGCUUUAUCCUAGAUCCUGGUGCAACACAAUACAUGGCGAAUAAGGUUGUCCAUUGGUUGGAUGGCAGCAACAGCAACAGCAACAACAAGGAGUAA